AUAUGGCGUAGACACAUUUCUAAAUUACAAUAAUUGGUAAGUCAAAGAAAAAAUGUUAACAGUACUCGGUUGUGCAAGGAAUUUUGUCAUCAUCGUAAUUGCAGCAGUACACGUUAUUGCAAGAAUGCCCAAAGUGGUCGACCUUGCCAAUUUUUUUCUUUCGCAUAAUUUUAAUGCAGAUGAUCACCACGGGGAGGUUCAAUUCGAUUUCAGUAUUCGAACAACUUUCGCACGAUAAACACGAUUACUCCGACACAUUUCGUUCAUUAACGUAGCGUUUAAUUAAAGUGUAAACUCGCGCCCUUGAAAAAGUUGAAGCAAAGCGAUGUAACAUGUGCAUCGUAAACGUGAGAAACAUUUCUCACUCGUUAAAUCAGAAGAACAAUGCGCAGCUGCAAUUCAAGAUGUAAUAAAAAAUAUGUAUCCAAGAUUUGCGUAAUGAGGUAAUCGCGAAAGAGACAAUCGACGUUUAUGUAUACGUGGAAUGAAUAAGGAAAACACGUAAAGAUUCUGCGAACAUGUUACGACUGCCCGAGUGCUUCCGGGAAUUACGUCUCGGUAAGAGUGAAAUGAUAAUUAAGUUAAAUUACCGACGAUAAGUACGCACAAUCGAUUUGGAAAACCGUUAUGAGAGUUCAUCCGAACCGUUUCCCAAUGUCGAUACAUGAAGUCCGUGGAAUGCGGGAGAGACACUUUAACUGUAUUAUGUCAAGAUUUUAAAUCGCUGAUUGGGAUUCGCUUCAUGUAAUCUCAUUGCAUAUGACUUGCGCUUACCAUGACUGUAAGAUCUAUCAUGACUGUAAAAAAGCUGACGCGGUCGACCCUGAUGUUAUUCAGAUCGGCGGCUUUUUCCGAUGCAACGCUGAAAGACACUGCAGUUGAUCUCCGACGUCGCAUUACGAAGAUAUUGCAAUUGAGUGUCACUUGGUGCAUUACAAACAGUUAAUUUCUAUUUCUAUUGUGCUAAUUAACAUCCGUGACCGCAAAGAUUUGCAAUUAAAGAGACAAAUAAAUUGUGUUUGAGAUUCAGUGCAGAAUUAUCGUACAUCAAAGUCGUAUUAAUAAUUGCAGUUACGGAAACUCCUAUGAAUGAAUUAAAAGGAUUGUUUUACGUCACCUUACGAGUAUGCAAUUUAUAGUGAGUUGACGACAUUGCGAAAUUUCACAAUUAGACAUCUCGAAAAAUCGCCAAUUGCGUAUUUAAAAAUCUUCAAUUUUAAGAUCACUUAAGAAAUGUAAACUCUUACUUCGAUUCGAUUACUUAAUGUCAAGGUCCCAGCUUUCUAAAGAGAAAGAUUUAAGCUAUUUAUGCAAGUGAUUCGUAGGAGCACAAAUAACUUAUUAAAGAACUAGGAUACCAAUAAUACCGAAUUAAUAAAAAAAAAAAAAAAUUUGACAAAGAAUUAUUUUCCGUAUAACAUAAAAUCAACUUCACGAUGCUCGAGUCCUAUUUGAUAAUCCUGUUCCUGGGAAACGCCGCUGGUAUCCUGUCGCCGGCCAUUCUCGAGACGAUACAGCACUUCCUCGCGGGACUUCCCUCGUCCGAUUUGGCGCAGGGCAAGGACGUGCUGUCCGGACAAUAUCACCUGUCUUUCGACUUCCUCGUGGUCGGCGUCGGCUCGGCGGGAUCCGUGCUCGCGAAUCGCCUGACCGAGAAUCCCGAGUGGAGGGUCCUGCUGCUCGAGCGAGGCAAGGACGAGACCUUCGUGACGGACAUCCCCUUGCUCGCGCCGGUUCUCCAUAUCACGGAUUACGUUCGCGUGUACAAGGGUGAGCCACGGCCGCGGGAUGCUCCCGGUGGAGGAUACUGCCUGUCGAUGAUCGACGGCCGUUGCAACGUGAUAACUGGUAGGGCGGUCGGCGGCACCUCGGUGGUGAACUUCAUGAUCUACUCGAGGGGCACGUCGUACGAUUACGACGGCUGGGAAGCGCUUGGAAAUCCCGGCUGGAGCUACGAGAGCGUGCUACCUUAUUUCAUCAGGUCCGAAAGGUGCAGGCUGAUCGAUAAGGACGUGAGAUAUCACGGAUAUGACGGGGAGCUGGACGUCACGACUCCUCCUUACGCCACUCCUCUGAGGGAUCGUUUCUUGAAGGCUGGCCAAGAGCUCGGCUACGAUCUGAUCGAUUACAACAGCGACAAGUACAUUGGUUUCUCGACCGUUCAAGCGAAUCUGCGAUACGGUCACAGAGUCAGCGCUAGCAAAGCUUUCCUCAGGCCAAUUCGCGACAGAACGAAUUUGUAUCUAUCCAAGCUCUCGACAGUGACGAAAAUCGUUAUUAAUCCACAGACGAAAUCAGCCACGGGUGUUCAAUUCGUGAAGGAUCAUAAGAUGUACUUUGCUUCUGCUACUAAGGAAGUUAUACUUUGCGCAGGUACUUUCAAUUCUCCACAAUUAUUGAUGCUUUCCGGGAUAGGCCCAAAGGAUCAUUUGAGUUCCUUGGGCAUCCCCGUGAUCGAGGACCUUCCAGUAGGAUUUAAUUUACAGGAUCACGUGAGCAUGUCAGCUUUGACGUUUCUAGUCAACGAGAGUGUGAGCGUGGUCGAGCCGCGUGUAGGUUCCAAUCCAGUUAAUUUUCUAAAAUAUCUGAAAGAGGGAACUGGUCCUUUAACAAUACCCGGGGGUGCCGAAGCGUUAGCCUUCAUUAAUGCCAAUAGUUACAUGAAAAAAACACAAGCAGAAAAAUCAAAAUAUAACUACAAUCAACAUGUAAAUAUCUACAAAAACAAGCACGUUUUUCCCAAUGUAACUUCCAUCACCGUCAAUCGCGACUUCUUCAAAACAUAUCCUCACGUUAACACGAGCAAACUGACAGCGAAAGAUCAUUAUCCUGAUAUCGAGUUGGUGUUAGGCGCAAGUUCGUUAGCCGGCGAUAUUUCCGGCAGCUAUCGCGGCUUACUAGGAUUAACGGAGGACUUUUAUAAGGAGGUUUAUAGCGGUUACGAGGGCCACGAUUCCUUCAUGAUUGUACCUGUGCUCCUGCGACCUAAGAGUCGCGGUAGAAUCACUUUGAGAAGCGCUAAUCCGUGGGAUCCGCCGAUCGUGGACAUCAAUUAUUACGAUCACGAGGACGAUCUGAAUACAAUGGUGCAAGCUAUAAAGAUCGCGAUCGAAGUGGCUUCCACGAGGGCGUUUAAGCGUUUCAACACCACCCUGCUGCCGGUACCAUUUCCGGGAUGCAAGCACGUUGCUUUUAAGAGCGACGCAUAUUGGGCCUGCGUCGCCCGCCACGUGUCGACGAAUUUAGGUCACUUUGCCGGCACGUGUAGGAUGGGCACUCGGGACAAUUCGGGAGUCGUGGAUCACAGAUUGCGGGUGCACGGGAUCGGCGGUCUCAGGAUCGUGGACGCCAGCGUGAUGCCGACCAUAGUCGUCGGUCACACGAACGCGCCGGUGUACAUGAUCGCCGAGAAGGCCAGCGACAUGAUCAAGAAGGACUGGAAAGGUUCCGCUUCGUGAAACGUGUGGGAAGCGGGAGGAAGUAGAGACGCGACGACGUGUGAAACGUAGGAUGCGCGAAAGGGCGAUGAAUGCGGUGAGGAGGAGAAUCUUUUCUGAAAUCUCGAAGGCAGACAUUAAAAAGGACAUUGGCGCCUUUGCGCCAUAAAAAUAAGGGAGAAAAGUGUAAUCGAAUGUAUAAAAUAAUAGAAGAUUGUUUUGUAAAACAAACUGAAUGUUAUUGUGUAAGAAUAGAACACAUUUGCAUGUAAUUAUUAUACGAGGCUUCAUAUAUGUGGAAGUCAAAUGAUAUUUUGUUCACGUGUAUCCUAGUCAAUGAUUGACUAUAGUAAAUAUGUA